UCAAAACUUCAACAAUCUCCAAAACCACUAAAAAACCCAAACAACUAAGUAGAUCUUUUGCUUCUUCUUAGUAAAACAUUUUCAAUACUCUGUUUCCAUCUUCACUCUAUGGCUUCUUCUUCAUCUUCGCUUCCCCUAGCUAUCUUCUCCUUCAUCUUCUUAUGCUCUCUCGCCGCUGCAAAUGAAGUCACCGUCGGUGGUAAAUCUGGUGACUGGAAGAUCCCUCCUUCCUCUUCUUACUCAUUCACAGAGUGGGCUCAAAAAGCUCGCUUCAAAGUCGGCGACUUUAUCGUUUUCCGGUACGAAGCUGGUAAAGACUCGGUUUUGGAAGUAAGUAAAGAAGCUUACAACAGCUGUAACACCACGAACCCUUUGGCUAACUACACCGAUGGAGAAACCAAGGUGAAAUUGGACAGGUCUGGUCCAUUCUACUUCAUUAGUGGAGUUAACGGUCACUGUGAGAAAGGUCAGAAGUUGAGCCUCGUCGUGAUUAGUCCUCGUCACAGUGUCAUCUCUCCUGCUCCUUCUCCGGUUGAGUUUGAAGACGGUCCAGCCUUGGCUCCAGCUCCUACAAGUGGCUCAGUUAGGCUUGGUGGCAGUUAUGUUGUGUUAGGUCUUGUUCUUGGUCUGUGGGCUUGGUUCUAAUUUGGAACCAUGUGGUUUUGGGGGUUGCUUUUUAAGAUGAGCUUUUGCUUUCGAAAAGCUUUUUUCUUUUAGUUUCUUUUGUUAUGAUUACAUUUUGUGUUAGCUAAGUGAUCGUUGUACUUGGCUCAUCGCUACUAUUUUAUUAUAAAUUUAAUUUAUUAUAA